AAAUUGCAGAUGAAUCCAAAUGGUUUUAGUGAACCAAAUUCUGAGCUUCUUGGUCGCUGUAAUUUAUCUUCUUCCUCCUCAUCCAUUGGCGGAGGCGGCGGCGGCGGCGGCGGAAGCGGCGGCGAGGAUGAGCAGGAGGAUGUGGCGAAGUGCCUCAUCCUUCUUUCUCAAGGCCUACCAGCUUCUCAACCGUCCUCUUCGAUGGUAAAAUUCAUCGAAGCCCCACAAGGUCAAAAUGGCGCGGGCAAGGCAGCAGAGUGUUACGCAUACGAGUGCAAAACCUGCAGCCGAACAUUCCCAUCAUUUCGAGCCCUAGGCGGCCAUCGGUCUAGCCACAAGAACCCCGCCAUGGCCGCCGGCGACCAGAAAUCGAUCUCCGGCACAUCGCCGGCCUACAAACAUCAACAACAGCGACUCAACAACACCAUUUCAAGCCCUUUCGAUCCACUUCGUAUGAACCGAACCGGUUAUUAUCACAAGACGCACGAGUUCUCCGUCUGUGGCUCCGGCUUCACUUCCGUCCAGGCCCUCAGCGGCCACAUGCGCCGCCACCGCCGUGGCUGCGGCAGAGAUUCCGGCGAAAUUGCUCAUCGUCGUCCUCAGAGGCAUAGAAGUAAUUUGUUGUGUUUGGAAUUGGAUCUCAAUCUUCCAGCCGCUGAAGAGGAUAAAAGAGAUCGAUCCGGCGUCGUUUCAAUGGCCGCCAUGGAUCGGGUAAGCUCCCAUUAUCGAGAACAUCGAGCAUUUCUAAUUGAAAAAUUUAGGUUAAAUUACAAUUUCUAAU